UACGUGGCGUGGCCCCACAGAACUUUCUCUUUUUCCGAGUUCCCAAACAGACUUUCUUUUCUCGCUCGAUAAAAUCCGAGAAAGCGAAAGAAAGUAGAAUGGAAGCUCGAAUGCAAACCCAAAGCCAGCAACGCCAACACAACAAAGCAACUAUGAAGAAAUCGUUGUCGAGGAACUCCGAGUCGUCGUCGACUCACAUGGACUCGCCGCACUCGCCGCUCGGCUUCCACUCGCCGAUGCGAUCCGAGCUCGGCGACCUGCCGGAGACCCCGCCCUUCGUGUCGCCGGAGAAUUCGCAGGGGAAGCCCGCCGAAAACUCGAAGGCGAUCGUCGCCUUCGACAGGUUCACGCAGUACUCGCCGCUUCCGUCGCCGGGGGACCGCCAGAAAAGGCUGGAGAGCACGAAGCCAGUGAUGGGGAUCAGCCGGGCGAGGAGAGAGGACCUUCCGCCUUCGGUGACGAAGGUGGGGCCGAUCGCCGGCGAGGAAGUCCAGAGAUCCGAGCCGGUGAUGUCGACUCCGUGGGGGCGUAAGACUAAGAGGGAGGAGAUGGUGAGGAGGGCUGCGCUAGGGUUUAGGCUGAGCGAGAUGGUGCUCUGCUUGGUCUCCUUUUCAGUCAUGGCCGCUGACAAAACACAGGGUUGGAGCGGCGACUCCUUUGACCGCUACAAGGAGUACAGGUAUUGUUUAUCUGUGAAUGUUAUCGCAUUUGUGUAUUCGGGGUUUCAAGCGUAUGCUCUAACUCACCAUCUGAUCACGGGGAAGCCUUUGAUCCGCCACCGCCACCGCCAUCACUUUGAUUUCUUCAUGGAUCAGAUACUGGCAUAUCUUCUCAUAUCAGCAUCCUCAUCGGCUGCCACCCGGGUUGAUGAUUGGCAAUCAAACUGGGGGAAAGAUCAGUUCACAAAGAUGGCUAGUGCAUCUGUCGGGAUGGCCUUCCUGGCAUUUGUUGCCUUCGCCUUUAGUUCCCUCAUCUCUGGCUACAACCUCUGUACACCCGAAUCUAUAUGAUCUUGGAACCAGGUUUAUGGUUUUAAAAUUUUUUGUGUUGUGAAUGAUUAAAUAGAAUAUAUUACAUAUUUAUGUGUACAGAGACAGAUGCAAUAGAAUUUCUUUCUUCUUAAUAAGAUAAAUAACAAAAUGUAAAGAGUUGGGUUUUGUUGUUCUA